UGCUGGGGCGACGCAUUCACAUUGCACCAUUCUCUGCAAGACCCAAGUAAGAGGACAGCGACAGAUGAGAAGCUAGUAUUAUAAUUACCCAAAUGAGCAGAAUCGAGAGGUAAAUUGAAAAUUCAUUUUAGGACGUAUCCUAAAUAUGGAGAGUUCUCUAGUAAGUGAGUUGAGUGCACUGCGAGAGAGAGCUGAGGGAUUGAUAAAGAGAGCCGAUCUGCUGAAGACCAGCGGCAACAUUGAAGGAAUCGGGAAAGUGAAGAAAAAGAUCCAGGCCGAACUGACAUUCAUCAAAUCGCUGGAGGAGGGUAAAGUGAUCCCCAAGAAGAACCAGCUGAAGAGCACCAACCUGAGUCAUCUGGAUGCUCUCCUUCAUACCGCCGAGACGUUUGAUCAUGUGACCGCCGUACUGCGCCCUGUCCACUACGAGACGGAGGAGGGUUACGACAUCAGUCUGCUUGUGGAUGUCGUAGGUCACAAGGGGAGGUCAUGGGUCAAGGUCACGGCUCGCAAGGCGGAGGCGUUGCACAGGAUAUGGGAAGGAGAAGGGGAGUACGGUGAACAGAACAUAGUACAGCAGGUAGGACAGUACCAGGAUGCCUCGAGUCAGAAUCUCCUUGACUUCUCUCCCCCGGCCGUUCAUGUCGUCUUCUACUCGGGGAUCACCCAGGCAGUGUCAGCUGAGUUGUUAGAUCUUGGAGCUGUUGUACAUGGUCAUAUAUACCAGAAUGAUGAUGAGAUGAGGAACAACAAGCCUGAUUUGCCAGUCUUUCAUCCUGAAGAGGAGAUUGACAAGCUCCCUCUAGAGGCGGAGUCCAUACCCCAGGCGACCAACCUGGACGUUACGACGAUGAUAGCCCUGGUGUCUGACCUCUGCCAUGGAGGAAGCAGCUACUCUUUCAACGAACCUGUUAUAGAAGAGCUCUCCCAACAAGAGAGGCAGAGACCGUUAUUACCAGAAGUAGAGAAUUUUAUAAAAGGUAAAGAGUUAAUAGUAUGCGAGACGGCUAAACAUGACUUCCAGGCAAUAAUUGAGACAAUAGGAGGGCCGCGGGAGAAGGAGAGGUCGCAGGAAUUACUACAGAGACUCCAUAUAGUUCCCGAUCAGCCUUCCAGUAGAACAUUAACGUUAUCAUCGUCUAACAGGAUAAAAGACAGGGCCAAGGUAAUAUUUGGAACAGGUGAUGCUCUCAAGAUUAUAACCACUACGGCCAAUGAGGCCUUCGUUAGAGCAGCUUCUAAACAGGGUGUGGCUUACUCAGUAUUCAUCCACCAAUCACGAGCCUUGACAGAGAAGAAGCAGCAGAACCCAGCUAAAGCAUCCCCGUCCUCGUCAUCUAGUAACUGCAACUCAUUCACCGAUAGUAUACAACACCCACUGGGAUUGGACAAUAGCAAUAGCUACCCACAAAACUGACCAAUCAUGGCUAGGCUUUCAAAAACAGCAUGCCACAACUGGUAGGUAGUGUUAAGAGAUGUGCUUAUUUCUUGA